AUGGCAUGGCGCGAAACCCGCGACGACGAAGUUCUGAUCAGACAUCACAGGAUUCCCGUCUCAUCUUCAAUCAUGUCACAAGUAUCAACAGAGUUCCAUAAGCUCUUCACCACUCAACACGGUUCGUUGCGAAAAUGGAUCGAGCUACCAAACGAAGAUCCUGUGGCGUUUGGUAUGAUAUGCGAGUCAGCUCAUGGCUCCUUCAUUCCGCAUGAUGACAUAUCGCUGCAGACGCUCGCCAACAUGACGGAUGCUAUCCAACGUUACAGGAUUCCCGCCACAUCUAGCGUGCAUCAUACCGCGGAAUUCAGCUUCGCCGUUCAUGCCUUCAGGCUAAGCACGCUUUCAACGAUCGAACUCCUUCAGCUCCUUGGCGUUGCGAAAGCCUUGGGCUCCGUCAGAUACAAUAAACUGCUCGAAGAUGUGUUUCUCCAGUAUCCACUUCAAUUUGAAGCAUUGCCCAUUGAGCAAAUCACUGGCAGUUGUGAAACCGAUCUUGCUAUACUGGCAAAUGUAAAACUACGGGGUGCAGCGUGCCGCGCACGAGUGGCAAGCACAAUGUUGAGUUCGCUGGACGGGGAUUGUAUUCUUCAUCUGCAAGAGAAAUGCGGCUUAGCUGUGUGGAUUCUGGAGGACAGUCUCAGCCUACAGGAGAUCAAUACUCGUCUUCGAAGCAUCAGGAACGCUGCAGAUAGUCUCAGGGAACAGCUCCUAAACGCCAGUGGGGCGAUCAUUGAAGCGACAGCAGACAUCAAUGACUAUUUCCGCACUACGAUCGGACAGGCGCAAAGAGUAGAAGAAGGUCACGGAAAGGAUGUUUUGGACGUGCACCACGAGGUAAAGCGCCUGGAGAUCCAGAUUGCGGAGAGCGGGCGGAUUUCAGGAGAUUCCUUCGUUAUUGAUAAUUCGUCCAGCGAUACUGAUUUCGAGGACAUUGAAGCCUACGCUGGGUCGCUGGGGGAUUGUUAUGAUGGCUUGCAGUUCGAUGACAGUGAGUCUGUAGUUUCUGCAAAGACUGUCUAA